AGGGUUAGUUGCUGUGCACAACGGUUGAUCCCUGAUACUGAUUGUAUUUUGACCCCGCGGAAGCUCUACCAUGUGGGCCUGGCCUUGAUCACUUGAUGUUUGUGAUCAUGCUUUCCUUCUUUUUACACCGAACCAACAACUUCUGAAACAACUGACUAGAUGUACGAAUGACUGAAAAGGUGUAAGGAGGUGUGAUGCCGCGGCCUCCGCUUAAGUUGCUUGGUGCCGUCGCUGCGGGGAUCUUCGUGUACGCGCUGGUCCAUGUCGGCUUUGUCGCUUUCUCGGCAGCAAACACCAAGGCUAAACAGGCUAUCCCAGCCAGGAGGAAGUAUGAGCUCCUACAGGCCCCAGCUGAGUCAGACAUGCCCAGUGCUGACAUGGACAAACUACGGGAGAUCGCCAGGGUCCUCGGCUAUCCAAAGGUGUCCGUACACAGUGACACUAUCUCUCAGAAGCUGAUGAUGAUGGUGAAACUGUUGGAGGAGUUCCAAGCUGCUGGCAGCAAUGAGCAGAUUGCUAAGGAUUACCUGCACAAGAUAGAGGUCGUCAUCCAUUCUGAAAACCUCUCUCCGCAACAAGACAAAAAGACAACAGCUAAGGAGGAAUCGGAAGCCAUUUCAAUAGAAACAGACGAAGAAAGGAUCAAGAAAGAAUUGAAAGCUGCAGAAGACAAAAAGAAGGAGCAACCUGGGGAGAAAGACAAGAUGGAAGAAAAGAAAGAAGACAAGAAAGAAGAGAAGAAAGAAGACAAGAAAGAAGAGAAGAAAGAAGAGAGAAAAGAAAGUGAAGAUGUUAAGAUAGCAUUGUCAAAGAUGAGGCCACCCAAAGAAGAGCUACCACCCCUUCCAAGAAGGUCACCUCCCUUGAAAGAAGCUACUUUUACUAAAGAUUGGGAAUAUACUCCAUCUAACUGUGUGACCACCAUUAUGGAUAAGGUGGAAGACUCUGAGUGGUUUGGAGAGAGGUACAUGGAGAACAUCAAGGUUUUCCUGGACAGUGAAGACGUCAACAGUGCAGAGCAGUACAACAAGCUGCAACUCUACGGUCUGCCUUUUGGCUUCAGGGCACAGAAGAGAGAACUGCUAGCCCGUCUGUUGAACAACAAGAACUUUACAAACGAGCCUGUGUUCCAUGGAGAGAAGAAGGAGUGUGUGCGGUGUGCCGUGGUCGGGGCUGGGGGCAGUCUCAAUGGUUCAGCGCUGGGGAAGGAGAUAGACGGACAUGACUAUGUCUUCAGGUUGAACCGUGCCUUGACUGGAGGGAAGUGGUCAAACGACAUUGGGAACAAGACAGACUUCUAUACCUUCUUCCCUGAAUCCAGCUACGGACACCAACUUAUGACUAAAGAAGGUGUAACGUUUGUCUAUGCAAGUUUUAAGCAGUAUGAUGUAGACGAGGCUCUGGCCAUGGUGGAGGGGACGGACAUGCCUGACUUCUGUACCAAGAAGGGAGGAUGCAGAAAGCUGCGGAACCCCAAGAUCCCAGCCAACCAGCUGAAACUUCUCCACCCAGAUUUCGUCCGGUAUGUCCACGCCCGUUUUCUCAACGCCACGGGGUCACGCCCGACAACGGGCGCCAUGGUGGUCUUCUUGGCAAUCCAGUUCUGCGAUGAGGUGGACACAUACGGUUUCGGCUACGACCCCAGGUUUACGAUACACUACUACGAUACCAAGUUCACUGUCCACACGGCUAAAAGCACAGGUGCGCAUAACAUAGAUAACGAGAGGGCGUUGUGGUCACAGCUGGAUAGAAUUGGGGUUAUUAAAUGGCACCAGAGG